UUAUAAAGAACAAAGUCCACCUCUCUGUAUAGCAGUUUCCCACAGAAAAUGAACAUGGUGUAUUAUUACAGAGGGAACAGCCAUCGUCUGCAAAGUGUGAAUUCCCUAGCUGCAGGAUUUUACCUGCACCAACAAGUGAAUGACCUGUUACAUCGAACAGAGUCAGGACGGCAGCAACCAUUUAGUCAAACCCACACAGUGGCUGAAUACUUAGCUGAAAUAAUCCUAGAAGCGAGAUAUGGCAGUCAUCAUCAGAAACAGAGACGGAGUAGAACAGCCUUUACAACUGAGCAGCUGGAGGCAUUGGAGCAAGCUUUUCAGAAAACGCACUACCCUGAUGUGGAGAUGAGGGAGAGGCUUGCAAUGUAUGUCAACCUUCCAGAGGCAAGAAUUCAGGUAUGGUUCAAAAAUAGACGAGCCAAGUAUCGCAAGCACCAACGCAGUUUAGAGAGGGAUGAGUUUCUGAUGGAUGAAAGUCAAUGGAUGAAGAAUGGUGACAGAAGAGAAAGGAAGAUCAAAUUGGAAAAAGAAAAACGUCACAUCCAACAAAAAGACUCGGAAUUCUGUAGCUCUAUUAGUACCACAUCAACAUCUGUAAUUAGAACUGCAUCUCUGGCUACAGAUCUGGCCAGCAGAGAAGAACCAGUAAAGCAUAUUGUUACAGCAAACAUGGGUCGCAUUGCAAAGCUUGGACUAAUUGACGAAAACAUCAACAUUCAGAUGCCAGAAUAUUCUACUGUGCAACAAUAUAAUGCAACUCUGCAUGAUCAAAUUCAACAUCACAUAGCUUUGGCAAGUUUCUUCCUGCCAGAAUCUCACUAUGGAAUCCAUGUCCCAAAUCUGAAUGUUAAUCAGGCAUCCGCACUGUACCCCUCAUACUACCAGAGGGUUCCUCAUACAUUGGAAGCUUGUCCCAACUCACUCAUUUUCCACUCUCAUAAAUUGUCAGACUUGAUCCCAAAACCCAAUAGUAUGGGGAGCAUGAGACAUGCCAAACAAAAGGCAAAUUUGUUGGGCCUUAAUCUCCAAAAUUAAAGAGCUUUUGUAUUAAUCACUGAAUUUGUGGAUGGCUACAUAUUUUGUACAGUGAA